AUGGUAAUGGAUUGCUCUGAAGAAUACAUUAAAAUGGAGAUGGAAUGUGAACCAAAGAAAUCAUUUCGGAGAGGUAUUCCAUGCAGGAGUCAAACUGGCAUCCUUGUGCUUCUAGGAACAGUCUGCAUGAUUAUUUUUAUGGUCUUGACUUCUGUCAUCUAUUCCCAUCAAGAACGAAAGUUCUCGAUGCUGGAGAGUUGGAUGAAAAGCCAUACUUCUGAUCUAACCUCAGUCAAAUCUGAUUUUCAGAACACAGAAAUGCAAAUAAAGAAGUUGUCUAAUAUUGAGACCCUGAUGACCGCUCUUGGCUCGUCACUGAGUUCACUCGCAUCCAAACAAGAAGAAAACCUACAAAAGCUGGAGCGCCAGCAGGAUGUGUCACACACUGAAGUCAAGAGUUUGAUGGACAGUUUGAGUUCUGCACUAGCGGCCCUCAGGAAUAAACUGACAGAAGACAUUGGCAAGCAGGACCAGAAACAGACUGAAACAAAAAAAUUAUUAGACAGUUUGAGCUCAUCUGUUACUUCUCUACAGUCUGAUCAACAAAAGAAGCAGCGUGACUUUGAGUCUCUGUCGAGCUCACUGAGGGACUUGAAGAGUUCAGUUUCAGAUCUCACUUCUUCUGUUGCAUCUAUUUCUUCUCGACUAUCCGUCAACAUGCAGGAUGUGUCGCAAAGUGACAUAAAGAGUUUGAUGAACAGCUUGAGUUCUGCAGUGUCAGCGCUGACGGCGCAGCUGAAUGAUGCAGUUAACAAGCAGGACCAGAAACAGAGUGAAACAGAAAGAUCACUGGACAGUUUGAAGGCAUCUAUAGAGUCUGAUCAACAAAACAAACAACGUGACUUCGAGUCUCUGUCGAGCUCACUGAGGGACCUGAAGAGUUCAGUUUCAAAUCUCACUUCUUCUGUCGCAUCUAUUUCUCCUCAACUAUCAGUCAACAAGGAAAGAGUCAUGAACGCUCUGAAGGAGCUGAUAACUAAUACGAGCGCCAAAAAAGCAGACGUCUCUGUGGCCAACUGUAAACGUGGCUGGAUCUUGUACAAAAGCAGCUGUUUCUUGUUCUCUAGUGAUCAACUCAACUGGUCUGGGGCCAGAGAUUACUGCAAAGCGCAGGGCGCGCUACUCCUGAAAAUACAAGAGGACGAUGAGGAGUGGGCCUUUCUGAACAAUCAAACCAUACCCACAAGCUACUGGGUGGGUCUAACGGAUCAGACCACAGGCCAGUGGAGAUGGGCGGAUGAAACUCCUUACAUUAUGAAUAAAGAACGCUGGAAUCCUGGGCAGCCGGAUGACUGGACAGAACAUAAUAUGGGAGAGGGAGGAGAGGACUGUGGGCAGAUAACAGCUACUGGGAAACUGAAUGACAACCACUGCUCUGUCAAAAUGAGAUUUAUAUGCAGAGUGCAAUUCUGAAACUCAACAUGUCUGUGAUGAAGUUUGGUCAAAAUGACAAGGAAGAUGAAAUCUCUUU